UUCCUCUCUUGCAGGCACGGCCCGCGGUCAGGUGUCUGCUGAUGGGAUGGUGCGAUCCAAGCUUCCAUACAACAUACCAGUGUGCCGUAUGGCUGUGCGCCGAUGCCACGAAGGGCUCCCCAGCAGACUUCCCAGAUGGCGGCGGUAUGUGCCCAGAGCUGACCGUCCCCAGGAGUCAUAUCGGCCACGUGCCAGCCUGAGGUGUGCCACUGGAUUGCAGGGUGUGCCACCGUCCUGUAGGGGCACAGUGAGCAGUUCAGUCCGUUUGUUGUUCACCUAAGAUGCUCAUGUGGUAAGUCCAGCAGCCUAGUUAUGGUCAGUCAUGGAGAGGGACCAGGAAGCUUGUCCCAAAGGGGAUGAGGGUUCUGAUUCUGUGCGGUUUAAAAUAGAAGACAACAGGGAUCAAAUUCCUGGUGACGGUUUGGAAAAAGCGGCGGGGAGACAGGCACAGGGCGGAGAUGAGCCGGCCGCCACGAGGGCGCCUCUGGGCACGUGCAUCCCCGGCGAGAAGGACGACGGGUACGGACCCCUGUUCUCGCGCUACAGCAGCACGCUCUACGACGUGGCCAUGGAGGCUGUGGCCCAGAGCCUGCUCUCCGGCCGGAACGCGAGCUCCAGGAAGAAGUCUCCGGCGUGGAAGCAUUUUUUCAUUUCCCCGAGAGACAGCACGAAGGCGAUAUGUAUGUACUGCAUGAAGGAGUUCAGUCGGGGCAAAAACGAGAAGGACCUGAGCACCAGCUGCCUCAUGCGGCACGUGCGGCGGGCCCACCCGACAGUGCUCCUCCAGGAGGGCGGCAGCGGGCCCCCUGUGCCUGCCCAGCCGGCCGACGCGGGGGACUUCAGCUCCGCACUGUCCCCCAUCAGACUCGUCCAUAAAGCAGCGUCCAAGCCCCCGUCCCCCGACCGAGCCACGGAGGAGUCGCUGUCUGUCGUCUCCUCCGAGGAGGUGUCCUCGGACGUGUCUGUGUCCGAGAGGGGUGGCCGAGAGGAAGGCCCGGCCGGCGCCUCGCCCCAGCUCCUGGCUCUGCACGAGGACGAGGCCGCCGAGAGGAGCCUCCCGCUGCCCAGGGGCACGCCCGGCUCCCGCAGACGCUCUGCCGUCUGGAAGCACUUCUACCUGUCGCCCCUUGACAGCUCCAAGGCCGUCUGCAUCCAUUGCAUGAACGAGUUCAGCCGAGGCAAGAAUGGCAAGGACCUGGGCACGAGCUGCCUCAUCAGGCACAUGUGGCGGGCGCACCGCUCCAUCGUGCUACAGGAAAACGGGGCUGGCUCGGCCAUCCCGCCUCUCUACUCUGCCUCCCCCACCCUGCUGCCUGCGGUGCUGCCCCCCGACGGGGACCGCAACUCUGUGUCAUCGUCCCCAGGAAAAGUGGUCAGAGAGUCCCCCUCGGCCUCCUCCUCCCCCGAGCGGCUGGCUGACGACCUGCCGGCACGACUGACCCCUGGCGAUGCGUUCCUGGAGGACGCAUCGGCGCUGUCUUCCUCGGACGACGUGGGAGAGGCCUCGGUGGCGUCCUCACCCGAGAAGCAGCCGGGCGAGGAGCGGGGUGUCCGCAGGCCCGAGGCCGGCGCCGUGUUCCAGCAGAACAAGAAGGUGAUGAGGAGGCUCAAGUCGGAGGUCUGGCACCACUUCUCGCUGGCCCCCACGGACAGUCUCAAAGCCGUGUGCCGCUACUGCAGCUGUGUCAUCAGCCGGGGUAAGAAGGGAGACGUGGGCACCAGCUGCCUGAUGCGUCACCUGUACCGGCGCCACCCCGAAGUCGUGGGGAACCACAAGGGCCUGCUGAGCGCCAGCUUGGCCAACUCUCCGUACGCCACCUUGGCCUCGGCGGAGAGCUCCUCCAGGUUCACUGGCUUGCUGGCGGGGGUCCCGCGGGGUGGCCCUGUGGCGUUCCCCGGGAGCAGCAAGAAGACAUCGAAGCUGUGGAACCACUUCUCCAUCUGCUCCGCGGACUCCACCAAGGUCGUGUGCCUGCACUGCGGCCGCACCAUCAGCCGCGGCAAGAAGCCCACCAACCUGGGCACCAGCUGCCUCCUGAGGCACCUGCAGCGAUUCCACGGGGGCGUGCUCAAGACAGGUGCCCCGGAGGCCACGCUGCCCACCUCCCCGGACCCCCGCGGGCCACUGAGCACCGAGUUAGCGGGCGCGUCGUCCUUCGAUGGCAACGAGAAGUUCUACGACUCUCACCCAGUCGCCAAGAAGAUCACGAGCCUCAUCGCCGAGAUGAUCGCACUCGACCUGCAGCCCUACUCCUUCGUGGACAGCCUCGGCUUCAGCAGGCUGCUGGGGUACCUGAAGCCGCAGUACUCCCUGCCCUCGCCUUCCUACUUCUCCAAGACAGCCAUCCCGGGCAUGUACGACAACGUGCAGCAGAUCAUCCUGUCACACCUGCGGGGGGCCGAGAGCGGGGUCAUCCACUUCACGUCCGGCAUCUGGAUGAGCAACCAGACCCGGGAGUACCUGACCCUCACCGCCCACUGGGUCACCUUCGAGACGUCGGUCCGGCCGCACUGUGAGGACCACCACUGCUCGGCGCUCUUGGGCGUGUCUCAGAUCGACUGCGACUACAGUGGCAACAGCAUCCACAGGCAGCUGGAGUGCUGGUGGGAGGCCUGGGUGACCUCCAUCGGCCUGCAGGUGGGCAUCACGGUCACGGACAACCCGAGCAUAGCCAAGACCCUGAACGAGGGCGAGCACGCCAGCGUGCAGUGCUUUGGCCACACCGUGGACCUGAUCGUGGGCGAGGCCAUCAAGAGCCAGCGCAUGGUGCAGAACCUGCUCAGCAUCGCGCGCAAGAUCUGCGAGCGCGUGCACCGCUCGCCCAGGGCCAAGGAGAAGCUGGCCGAGCUGCAGAGGCAGCACCAGCUGCCCCAGCACCACCUGCUGCAGGACGUGCCCGCCCGGUGGAACACGUCCUUCCACAUGCUGGAGCGGCUCAUCGAGCAGAGGCGGGCCGUGAGCGAGAUGGCCGUGGAGUGCAGCUUCAGGGAGCUCAUCAGCUGCGACCAGUGGGAGGUCAUGCAGUCCGUGUGCCACGCGCUCAAGCCCUUCGACGCCGCGAGCCGGGAGAUGGGCAGCCGCGUGUCCACGCUCAGCCAGGUCAUCCCCAUGAUCCACAUCCUCACCCGCAAGGUUGAGCUGCUCUUCGAGGAGACCAUGGGCAUCGACACCAUGCUCAAGUCCCUCAAGGAGGCCAUGGUCAGCCGGCUGGCCGCCACCCUGCACGACCCCAGGUACAUCUUCGCCACGCUGCUGGACCCUCGCUACAAAGCCUCGCUCUUUACAGAGGAGGAAGCCGAGCAGUACAAGCAGGACCUGAUCAGGGAGCUGGAGAUCGUGCGUUCUACCUCAGACGGCACGGCUGCCUCCAGGGCCCGGGGCGCGGGCUCCCCCUCGGCAGGCUGCGCUGCGGGGGACGACCUGUGGUCGCUCAUGGCCCAGGUCAAGAAGGAAGGGCAGAGAGAGAAGCUGCCUGAGGACAUGGUGCUCGCAUACCUGGAAGAGGACGUGAUUGCGCACAGCUGUGACCCGCUCGCCUACUGGGCCCUGAAGAAGGCCGCCUGGCCGGGGCUGUCCACGCUCGCCGUGCGGUUUUUGGGCUGCCCACCGAGCGCCGUCCCUCCUGAGAAGCUGUUUAGCACGCCCACCGAGAGUGGCAGCUGGGGCCAGUCCCGGCUCGUGACAGAGCACUUUGAAAAACUCAUCUUCCUCAAAGUGAACCUGCCCUUAAUUUACUUCCAGUAUUGAGGCCAGCAGAGCCGCUGGCUCGGGUGCCGCUGCCCUUCCCGCACGGGCAGCUGUGCCAGCGGCUCCGCCUCGCUCCUCCCGGGGCCAUGUGCGACAUCAGACCGGGCACUCAGGGCCAGCUUCCAGCUCUCACCGUAAUGUCUGCAUGUGCCUUAACUGCCCCUUCCGGCCAGGGGUCGCGGUAUUUUUAAAUCCGCUAGAAAUAGCCAGUUUUGUCAAUGAUGAAAUAUGAUUAGAUUUUAAUUCAUAGCCGUAAGGGUUUUUGAGCAGGGGUUAGUGAUUUGUUUUAUUAGCGUGGCGAGAAGAUGUAAGCGAUUUUGUUGUAGGUGUUCUGUUCAGUUUCGUGAGAAGCGCGAAUCAGGUACUGUAUUUCCGUGGCGACC